GAUUUUUAACACAAUUAUUUCUUUUGUAGCUGCUGUCAGAGCACGAAGCAGCGUCCGUGUUCUAACGAUAGUGUUCGGGUUCGAAUUCUUGUCAGCGAAUGUUAAGUGAUUCGUUGAUAAAAAGUUAUCUUAUUAACGUGAUGAUCUGUUCUUGACGAACAGUGAUUUAAUUGUUCUUAAGUAGAACAUUACUUAGUUAUUCGGCAAUGAAUAAAAAGAAAAGCUGCAUUUGGAUAAAACAGGAAUGGAGAAAAUAAGGUGACUCAGAAUGCGACAGAAGCUCGAAGAUGGGGUAAAAAGUUAUCGCCCUCAUCCACGGUACCAGAAAGUAUUUCUUCAAUCAUGCACUGUUAUGAUCAUCGUGUGCAUUGUGUGCUACACAUACGUGCAUUUCGAUGGGCAAGACAGAGUACCGAACAGCUUUAGCCGGUGGAAUGUUAGACAAGUUCUUCAGAAUGCAUUCAAUAGGUUACAGUCACAGAAAAUUGUCAGAGAAAGAAAGAACAUUCUUCUUUGGACAAGUUUCUUUUCUGAAGUCAAUUGGCUGCCCACGACGAAAGAGCUUCAUUGCCCGGUUCAAGAAUGUGACGUCACGUCCAACCGCUCCUUACUGGCUAACAGCUCUGUCAUAAUUCUUCAUUGGCGGAAUAUCAAUCCACAAGAUUUACCGAGUUUUCUGUCGUCGAAUGACAAAGACAGCUAUCCUCUCGUGGCUCUUUUCAAUAAAGAAUCUCCGUCUAAUUCUCCGAGGGAAGUGAUUCAGAAUAUAAAUGAUAAAAUUCAUCUGACGAUAACUUACAGGAGAGAUUCUGAUUUUUUUGCUCCGUAUGGCAAAAUUGAGGAAAGGAAGAAUACAUUUACGAUGCCAAAAUUCAACGCUUCUAAGAGGAAUGUUUGCUGGCUAGUCAGUAACUGCCAGACAUCCAGCCACCGAGAGCAAUACGUGAACGAACUGGAAAGGUACAUAGAUGUCGACAUCUACGGAAAUUGCGGGACGAAAAUGUGCCCCCACCAGCACGCACGGGACUGCUAUAGGAUGCUGGCAGAGAGAUGCAAGUUCUACCUUUCGUUCGAAAAUUCCAUCUGCAAAGACUACGCCACUGAAAAACUGUUUUAUGCCCUCAUGUUUGACAUGGUGCCUGUUGUACUCGGAGGCAACGACUACGAAAGGUACUUACCACCACACUCUUUCAUAAACGUUAUAGACUUCGCCAAGCCAAAAGAUUUGGCGAAUUUCUUGCUGGAAACCGCCGAGGACGAAGCCAAAUAUUUAUCCUAUUUCAAAUGGAAAGAAUCACAUGAGGCCACUUCAUUGCCAUACUUGUGGCUGUGUGAUUUGUGUGAAUUGAUACAUAAAAGGGAUUUUAACAGACCAAAGCCACAUGAAGAUGUGAUAUCAUGGUGGUACAAAGAAGCUAAUUGUGGUUCUUUGUAAAAAAAAAGUAGUCAGAAGAGGAUCAUUUCAAGUCUAGUCGUUUUCUAGUUCAUUUUGAAGCUCACUUUAUUGGUACAAGAUAUUAUACAAUGUCUUCACAAUAGUCUGAAUGCCGUAUAAUAUUGUGAAGAUACCUUAAAUAUUGUAAUGUAUCUUGUACAUAUAAGGUAACAAUCAUCAAUUUCCAUGGAAAAGAAAGCAUUAAGUUUUUUUCAAACCACAGCAAUACAGAAAUAUUUAUAGUAUGGGACAAUGUUCGCAAUAUUGUUCAGAAAUAAGUGCAUUUAUUCAUCAUGUAUAAUUAUCUACAUUACUGAACAAUAUUGUGGAAUAUCGUGUAAUAUGACGUGUUAUGUGGGGAAUUCAAGGUAUGGAUCAUACAGUAUUCAUCUGAGUGACCUGAUGAUGAUAUAUUUGACUCAAGUAUUGCCAUGCAAUAAAUUAAUGCUUUUAUUUCUAGUGGA